AUGGCAAAACUAAAAAUUUUAACUGUUAAACUACCUGAAAACAAAAAAAAGGAUUAUUAUGUUAAGGAGGCUCUUUAUCGUCAUUUAGAAGAUAUCGAAGAUUACGAAAUUGCUGUAAAAAGUUUAAAAAGCAAUGGUAAAACAUACAGAGGAAAAGAAGUAGAUAAAAGAUUGGAGGAUCCUAGAAGUAGUCAAGCGUUCAGAUGUUUACCCAAUAUUAGAGAGAAAAUAUGGCCGAUAAAUAAAUUAAUGACUAACCAAGAACUUAAAGAACAAGAAAACCCGCAAGGAGUUAAUGCGUUUGAUGGAUUAAUUUGCUCCUUCUGUAAAAAAGCCGUUGGAGAAGAAGAGAUGGUCGCAACUAGAAAUAAUAAAUUGGCUUGUGAGAAUUGCUACGACCCCGCCGACCCCGACCAACAAGAAGAAAGUUUUAUUGAAUUAGAAGCCAACAAGGAAAAAGCAAGGGAAAGUAUAAAUAAAAAUACUUCCCAAAAAGUAAGCAAUUAUCAACCAUCCUUAUAUUUUACUAACAACAAUAAAAAAACGAAUGAAAGUUUAAAGGAAACUUCCCAAAAAGUAAUUGAAAUCAACAGCGAAGAGUUAAAUAACCGCAUAGAGAUACCCGAAGAAUUAAAUAUUGUUGACUGUCCCCCUGAUAUUAAACCUGAUAAGGAAUGA